GACGGCGGCCGCGCUGGAGCCACGGGUCGGCCUCUGCUCGGUGUGACGGCGGCCUCGGCGGCGGUGGCGGCCGCGACCAGGUCGGCGUCCUGGCCAAGCAUGGUGACAGCCUGUGCCCUCGGCCCCCUCGUCUGGCGCAGCCGGAAGAGCCGCCAGCCUCGGGCGCCGAUGGCCCCCCAUGUGAGGGAGUGAGCAGCCUGGCAUUGCCCUACGGAUUGAGGGGGGACGCAGCGGCUGAGUGAGCUGAGACCACGCUGCCGACCCCCUCCCACCAGCUGACGAAUGGUGGACGGAGCAAUGAGUGACCCAUUUCAGGGUCAUGGAAUAAUGGUGGGAAGCAAGGCAUGAGUGACCCCCCCGCGGUCACCUGUAACUUCUCAGUAGAAAUAGUGGUCUCAGUGCCCCAGGCCGACUCAGCAGACCCUCCCAGCCCUCGGCCCAGCUGAUGGGGCCACUGGGGCCCCGAGCAGCAGCUUGACCGUCCAGACCCCACCUGGCCCAGCCAUGGCCGGUGCCGAGGGCUUCCAGUACCGUGCACUGUACCCGUUCCGCCGGGAGCGGCCGGAGGACCUGGAGCUGCUGCCGGGCGACGUGCUGGUGGUGAGCCGGGCAGCCCUGCAGGUGCUGGGCGUGGCUGAGGGCAACGAGCGCUGCCCACAGAACGUGGGCUGGAUGCCUGGCCUCAAUGAGCGCACGCGGCAACGAGGUGACUUCCCUGGCACCUACGUCGAGUUCCUGGGUCCUGUAGCCCUGGCCCGGCCUGGCCCUCGUCCACGUGGCCCCCGCCCACUGCCCGCCAGGCCCCGGGAUGGGCCCCCUGAGCCAGGCCUCACUCUCCCUGACCUGCCAGAGCAGUUCUCCCCACCUGAUGUGGCUCCCCCGAUCCUGGUGAAGCUGGUGGAGGCCAUUGAGCGGACAGGUUUAGACAGUGAAUCCCUCUACAGGCCUGAACUGCCUGCGCCACGCACAGACUGGUCCCUGAGCGACGUGGAGCAGUGGGACUCCGCAGCCCUGACUGACGGUGUCAAGGGCUUCCUGCUGGCGCUACCCGCGCCCCUCGUGACUCCCGAGGCUGUGGCCGAGGCACGCCGGGUCCUGCGGGAGGCCGCGGGGCCAGUGGGGCCUGCGCUGGAGCCCCCGACGCUGCCACUGCACCGCGCGCUCACGCUGCGGUUCCUGCUCCAGCACCUGGGCCGGGUGGCCCGACGCACCCCCGCUCCGGGCCCCGCCGUGCGAGCCCUGGGCGCCACCUUCGGGCCGCUGCUGCUGCGGGCGCCGCCUCCCUCGCCGCCGCCAGGGGGCGCGCCCGACGGGACUGAGUCCAGCCCUGACUUCCCGGUGCUGCUGUUGGAGAAGUUGCUUCAGGAACAUCUGGAGGAGCAGGAGGUUGCGCCCCCAGCGCUGCCUCCUAAACCCCCCAAAGCAAAGCCUACCCCUGCAGGCCUGGCCAAUGGGGGAAGCCCACCCUCCCUGCAGGACGCGGAGUGGUACUGGGGUGACAUCUCCAGGGAGGAGGUGAACGAGAAGCUCCGGGACACGCCUGAUGGCACCUUUCUGGUCCGAGAUGCAUCUAGCAAGAUCCAAGGGGAGUACACGCUGACCCUCAGGAAAGGCGGGAACAACAAGCUGAUCAAAGUCUUCCACCGCGACGGGCACUACGGCUUCUCGGAGCCUCUCACCUUCUGCUCUGUUGUGGACCUCAUCACCCACUACCGCCAUGAGUCGCUGGCCCAGUACAAUGCCAAGCUGGACACCCGGCUCCUCUACCCCGUGUCCAAGUACCAGCAGGACCAGAUUGUCAAGGAGGACAGUGUGGAGGCGGUGGGUGCCCAGCUCAAAGUCUACCACCAGCAGUACCAGGACAAGAGCCGCGAGUAUGACCAGCUCUAUGAGGAGUACACCCGCACCUCCCAGGAGCUGCAGAUGAAGCGCACAGCUAUUGAGGCCUUCAAUGAGACCAUCAAGAUCUUUGAAGAGCAGGGCCAGACGCAAGAGAAGUGUAGCAAGGAAUAUCUGGAGCGCUUCCGACGUGAGGGCAAUGAGAAGGAGAUGCAGAGGAUCCUGCUGAACUCAGAGCGGCUCAAGUCUCGCAUCGCUGAGAUCCACGAGAGCCGCACAAAGCUGGAGCAGGAGCUGCGGGCGCAGGCCUCAGACAACCGGGAGAUCGACAAGCGCAUGAACAGCCUCAAGCCAGACCUCAUGCAGCUGCGCAAGAUCCGAGACCAGUACCUCGUGUGGCUCACUCAGAAAGGCGCCCGGCAGAAGAAAAUCAACGAGUGGUUGGGGAUCAAAAAUGAGACUGAGGACCAGUAUGCGCUGAUGGAGGAUGAGGACGACCUGCCCCACCAUGAGGAACGCACGUGGUAUGUGGGCAAGAUCAACCGGACACAGGCUGAGGAAAUGCUGAGCGGCAAGCGGGAUGGCACCUUCCUCAUCCGCGAGAGCAGCCAGCGUGGCUGCUACGCCUGCUCCGUGGUGGUGGACGGCGACACCAAGCACUGCGUCAUCUACCGCACGGCCACAGGCUUCGGCUUCGCGGAGCCCUACAACCUGUACGGGUCACUGAAGGAGCUGGUGCUGCACUACCAGCACGCCUCGCUCGUGCAGCACAACGACGCGCUCACGGUCACGCUCGCCCACCCGGUGCGCGCCCCCGGCCCUGGGCCCCCGCCCCCUGCCCGCUGAGCGCUGGGCGCAGGACAGCGCAGAGCGGAUACACCCCAGGGCCUGGAGGCUGGGGAGGCAACAACCCCCCGCCCCCCGACCGAGGGCUCCGACU